AUGGCUUCUUCUGACGUGGAUAUUGACAGUCUCAACGUAUCCUACGUGCCACUCUCGCCCACUCUCAAGUAUGCUGCCUCAGCUGCGACUGAUAGCAGUAGAACCAGUAGUGCUGCCAGCUCGAAGGCUCACUCCAUGUGCGACGACAAUGACGCUGAUAAUGCAAUCAAUCAAGCACCACCUUCAUCUCUCAGUCGAUGCAACUCGUCGGACUAUCGCUGCAUGCAGCUGACUAGCAGCUUUGAUGUGCAGGAGAUGAUGAGCUUGCGUGAGAGCAAUUAUCGAGACAGCCUUAUAGUAAGUAAUGAGUCUACUUUUGCCAAUAGUUGCAGAGUUUCGGAAAUGGGCAGUGCUCUUAUGCGUAUGGAUGAGAGUUAUCGUCGAGUAUACAGUACUAACCAACGACGGCUAAGUGGUAGUUCACCUGACGGCUUGACGCCGCUGUUACAGGCAGCUCGGGCUGGAGAUAUCGUGCUGGUGAAUGCACUUGCCAUCCAAGCUGGUACUGAUAUCCUUCGACGCGACCCAAUGUUUGGUCAAACAGCUCUACACUUUGCCAUUCGUGGUGGUCACCUCAAUGUGGUACAAGCAUUGCUCAUGCCACAUUUACGCGGAUCUAUCGUCAACGUGGCAGACAACCGUCGCAAUACGGCUUUGCACUUAGCUGCAGCCAAGUCGCGUCGUAUGACUAAAAUACUGCUGGAGUGUGGAGCCGACGUAAAUUUCCUCAACAUGCGCAAUCAAACACCAUUAGGUGUACAUAUUUUGACCUCUACAAAGGACGACCCGACUAUGACGGAGGUAUUGUUGCAACACCGUGCAAAUCCCAAUGCACCUGUGGACAAGUCGACGAUCUUGCACGUGGCGCUCGACAAAGGACUUAUUCAGGUGGCUACUCGACUCGUGCGCCACGGAGCCAGACUCGAUCUCAAGGACGAGUCGGGCAAGACGGUGUUUGAUAAGGUGGAUCACGACCAAUUAAAGAAGUUGAUGGCCAAAGUGGCCCACUCACCUGUUUGGAUACCGGAUAAUGAACGACCUGUGUGCAUGGAGUGCCACAAGAAGUUUGGCGGCCUAAGCUCACGAAGACAUCACUGUCGAAUUUGUGGUCGAGUCUUGUGCUCUGCGUGCUCAGCGUGCAAAGUGCGUGCUAAGAACGUCCCGUUUUCGCUACGUCGCCGCAGCAAGAAGAACAAAACUGAGACAGAAUCAGUGAAAAUUCGUGUGUGCAACAUGUGCUACGAUAUCUGCAGGGAGGGAAUGCAGUCGUCGCAAAAGGACGGCGAUGGAAGUUUGGCACAGAAUUAG